UGCGAGCAAUUUUCCUUUACGCCGGCUCAUUCAUCCGCUCGACGGUUUAUGCGGCGUGCUGUGUGUUUGUAUCCGUAUUCUCUUACUUCUAUUACGUAUACAACAGCGGGUCCAUGCCACCCAUUAAAAAUGUGGAGAAUCCACAGGAAGCUCUGGAUGAACUUCUUCGGGAAAACAAAGUGGUUAUCUUCUCCAACGCGGACGGAAGUGCACAAGUACAGCAGUUGUUCGACAGCUUGGAAGAGUCCCACAUGGACGUAGACCUCGACGUGGAAGAAUAUGGCGGUCCCCUUCAGGAAGCGCUGAGGGCGAAGACAGGCGUCGAGUCCCUCCCGCAGGUGUUUGUGAGCGGACAGUACGUAGGUGGAGCAGAAGAGGCCCAGGUUGCCCAAGACAACGGUGUCUUGGGGCAACUCCUUUCAAACGGCACCAUUGAGUUCAACUACGACCUGUACGUUAUCGGUGGCGGCUCCGGCGGCCUCGCUGCUGCUAAGGAAGCCGUGAAGCAUGGCAAGAAGGUUGGCCUUUGUGACUUCGUGACGCCGACGCCGAAAGGAACCACAUGGGGACUUGGCGGUACCUGUGUGAACGUGGGAUGCAUCCCGAAAAAACUGAUGCACCAAGCCGCCCUGUUAGGGCAAAGCAUCAAGGAUGCCCGCAACUUUGGCUGGGCUACGGGAGAUGAAGUGGCUCACAAUUGGGAAACGAUGCGCGACAGUAUCCGCAGCUACAUCGCUUCCCUCAACUGGAACUACAGGGUCCAGCUGCGAGAUCAGAAGAUAGACUACCACAACUCUUUUGCCGAGUUUGUGGGCCCUCAUACUCUGAAACUGAAAGACAAGAAAGGCCGAGAGGCGAUCAUCAACUCCCGAAAUUUCAUCCUGGCCACGGGGGAGCGUCCUCGCUAUCCGGACAUACCGGGGGCGCGGGAGUACACCAUCACCAGCGAUGACCUCUUCUUCCUGCCCUACUGUCCUGGCAAGACGUUGGUCGUGGGAGCGUCGUACGUCGCACUCGAAUGUGCGGGCUUCCUGAAGGGGAUAGGCCUCGACGUCACCGUCAUGGUACGGUCCAUCCUGCUUCGCGGUUUCGACCAGGACAUGGCGGAACGCAUCGGCGAGUACAUGACGCAAGAAGGAAUUACAUUUCUCAGACCCUGUGUACCUACGUCUAUUGAGCAGAUCGAGGAAGGCAACCCUGGAAAGUUUCGAGUCACUGCCAACCACAAUGGAGAGACCUUCGUCGGGGAGUACAAUACGGUGCUCCUAGCUAUCGGCAGAGUACCGUGCACCAAGGGCAUGGGCCUGGAGAACAUAGGAAUGAAGGUGAACCCCAAGAACGGCAAGAUUCCCGUGGUUAACGAACAGACGAACAUCCCCCACAUUUACGCCGUGGGCGAUAUACUGGAUGGCUUCCCGGAGCUCACCCCUGUCGCGAUCCAGGCUGGAAUGCUGUUGGCACGAAGACUCUACGAUAACAGCACCAUUCAGUGUGACUACACCAACGUACCGACUACCGUGUUUACUCCCAUUGAGUACGGAUGCGUCGGCCUCUCUGAAGAAAAGGCUCUUUCAAAGUACGGGGAAGCGAACAUCGAGGUGUUCCACUCCAAUUUCACUCCUUUAGAAUGGACAGUGCCAAAGCGGGGCCAGAAUGCUGGUUACGUCAAAGUUAUCUGCGUCUUGUCGGAGAAUAGCAAAAUAGUGGGCUUCCACUAUUUGGGACCAAAUGCAGGCGAAGUGACUCAGGCCUUCGCCACCGCCAUGAAGCUGGGCGUUACAAAGGCAGACAUCGACGCAACCAUCGGCAUCCACCCCACGUGUGCUGAAGUCGCCACAACGCUGAGCAUCACCAAGCGCUCGGGAGCCAGCACUAAGCAGAAGGGUUGCUGAGGUUAAAUCCUGUUCCCGAGGCCCCCGCACCCACCUGUCACCGCACUAACGCGCACUCACACUGUCCGUGAACGUUGAUGUGGCACUCAACGAGAGUCCAUGGUGCGACAGACCAGCGCAGUGCUCGUGACAGCUCUCUUCACCUCACUACUAGAGUACGACGGUGCGGGAGGCCUCGAGGCAACAGGAAAUACCUCAUUCACUCACCAGGGGAACAGCAUUUGGCGAAUGCACGUCUUUAUGUGCAUCGUAUGACAGCUGCAUUGCUCAACCUUCCAGAGGCGCAACCAGCUCGAUGUCGUCUUUGCUGAACUCCACCCUAGAGUCUGUUUUUUUUAGACACUCGCCGUUUAUCGUGGUGUCUUCGAACGUUCGUUUUUACGCCUUAUAAUAAAGUCUAUUUAUUUAAGAGAA